AUGCUGUCCGCAGAGUUUACUCCUUUGUCGGACCGAGUGUACCUACGCCAUGGUAGAGAGAAAGCCAAAUCAUGCGGGAAGGACGAGCCAACCACAAUCAUCAUCUUUGGCUGGGGUGACGGUAUGCCGAAGCAUGUCUCAAAAUAUGCCGAUGGCUUCCACGAUCUGUACCCGUCCGCUCGGAUUCUUCUCGUACUGUCAAGCACCUUACAGGCUCUGAACCAACCUCUUGAAGCUAGAAUACAAGACAUGAUGCCUGUUAUUGACACUGUUUUCCCUACUCCAACGGGAGACGGCAGCAAUGAAGAGCGAGUUCUCCUGCAUUCGAUGUCAAAUACCGGCGGUAUAUUCUUGGCCGCUACCAUAACGGCUUACCAAAAACGCCAUGGCGCGGACAAAAGACUACCCCAUGAGCUUCUUGUUUGCGAUUCAACACCCGGCGGGCUUUCUAUCUUCACUCAAGCCGGCCGCUGGUCGCGGGCUAUGGCUUUGGGCACAUCCCAGUUCUUUCCGUGGCCUUGUAUGGUCACGCAGGCAUUGUGGUUUGCUAUCCUCUGGAUUCACUCCGGGCUGGGGUGGCUGCGUGGGCUGGAACCUUCUGGAGUUUGGGCUGAUCGGGUAAUGAAUGAUGAGUCGGUCACAACGCGAGAGUCCAAUCGGCUGUACAUGUAUUCAAAGGAAGACGAGAUUAUAGGAUUCGAGGACCUUGAAGAGAAUGUUGCCCAAGUUAGGACCCUAGGCUAUCGGGCGGUUGACAUCGAGCUCUUCGAGGGCUCACCACAUGUUGGCCAUAUGAGGCUCCAUCCACAGCAGUACUGGGGAAAAAUCUCGGAAUGCUGGAAAGCGGCCAUAAUUCGCAAAUAAUAGUUCGAUUCGCCACCAUCAAUGGGUCUUAGAAGAGGCGGCCUUUCAUACAUUUAUAGACCAAGACGAU